ACUGAGCUGCUUUGUGGAGGGCUCUGCUGGCUGGAAGUUUGACUGGUUCAGACGUGAUUCAGUCUCUUCUGAAGCUCAGCUCAUGAGAGGAAAUGAAGCAAAGAGAGAUAUUAGAGGAGGAGGUCUGUACCACUGCAGAGGAGGGAGAGGAGAUCCAGCUUUCUUCUCUGAGGACAGCAAUGAAGUCACUGUGGAGGAAACUGUUCCCAUUAAGCCCACUGUGACCCUGCAGCCAUCCUGGACUCAGAUAUUCAGCGGUGAGACAGUCACUGUCAGAUGUGAGAUUCAGGGAGGUGGAGGAACUCAGUGGACGUAUGAAUGGAGUCCAGCCAAGUUAAACACACCUCCAACAUCCAAUGAAUACAGAAUCAGCAGAGCUGCUGAGUCUGACAGUGGAGGAUACAGAUGCAGGGGCAGAAGGGACUAUUUGUUAACAGGGUGGAGUGAUACCAUCAAACUGACUGUAUCAUAUAAACCAAAGGCUGAACUGAGAGCUGAUAACACAGCUGUUCCAGUAGGGGGCAGAGUGACCCUGACCUGCUCUGUGAACCCAUCAUCAUCAUCAUCAUCAUCAUCAUCAUCAUCAUCAUCAUCAUCAUCAUCAUCAUCAUCAUCAUCAUCAUCUGGAUGGAAAUACUACUGGUACAGAGAUGAGAAACACUCUGAACCUCUGACCACACAAGAUGCAGUUUUCCUCUCAAAUGGACAAAUCAGAGUCUCACAGGAAGGACUCUACAGGUGCAGAGGAGGAAGAGGAGACCCAGUUUACUACACAGAGGACAGUCAGUCAGUCAGGAUUGGGAACACUGUGUCAAACAAAGCUGUUGUGACUCUGCAUCCAAACUGGCCUGAGAUAUACAGAGGAGAGACGAUCACUGUCAGAUGUGAGAUCCAUGGAGGAGACACUGAGUGGGAUUAUGAAUGGGAAAGAAAUGGCAACCUAACAAGUAAAAAUCAAAAUGAAUACAGGAUUAGACCUGUUUCAACAAUCGGCAGUGGAAACUACCGCUGUAAGGGCCGAAUGAAAAGUUCACAGCAUAAAACAACAGAGUGGAGUGAUUCAGUCACACUGACAGUUUCUGACAAUAAACCAAAGGCUGAACUGAGAGCUGAUAACACAGCUGUUCCAGCAGGGGGCAGUGUGACCCUGAGCUGCUCUGUGGAGGGCUCUGCUGGCUGGAAGUUUGACUGGUUCAGACGUGAUUCAGUCUCUUCUGAAGCUCAGCUCAUGAGAGGAAAUGAAGCAAACAGAGAUAUUAGAGUCUCACAAGGAGGUCUGUACCACUGCAGAGGAGGGAGAGGAGAUCCAGCUUUCUUCUCUGAGGACAGUGAUACAGUUAUGAUUAAGGAACAAGUAACUGUGUCAGCAGCUGACAGCUCUUCAGCUCCUGUGUGGCUGAUUGUUGGACUGGUUUGUGGAGUCUCUCUCCUCAUUAUUCUCCUGCUCUUGUUGUAUCGCUGCAGACAGUCCAAGUAUUCAUGCUUCACCAGGUCGAUCCAGUCUGAGAGUCACAGUUCGAGCUCCACCACAAAUCAUGGAGUCAACCAGGAUGAAACUCAUGAAUACGACUCUCUUCAUCCUGAUGAACCCCAGAGUGUCACAUACUCUCUGAUUGAACUGAAAAACUUUGGAAAGAAGAGGAAGCAUCAUAAACCAGAGGACAGUGUUAUUUAUGCUGAGGUGAAGGUGGAAGCUGCAGAGGACAGGCUGAUGUAUGCUGAGGUCAACAAAAAACAAAAGAACAACAAGAAGAAAACAGGAACUUCGAGUCCUGCAGCUGAUGCAGACGUUUAUUCUGAAGUCCAAUCAGGAAGCUCUCUCUGUCAGUGAGGAGAGCUGCAGCAGCAAAGCCAAAAGAAGCAUUUGAUGAAGCCGCCUCCUCUGCUCCACAAGGCUCAGUUUUUUUUCUACAGUUAUCUAAUAUUAUCUUCUAAUAUCAUAUAGACUUACUGCUUUAUUUGAUCAUAAACACAUGGAGGCGUAUUCCUAUUUAAUAUCCAUGCUCUCUAUAUUCAUUUAAUUUCUUUUAUCCUGCUCCAACAGCAGUGAGAAAGUUUGAAAUAUCUGAUGUUUAACAGCUGAUAGCACGACUUAAAGUCAGUGUUUUCUGGAGGAAGUACAGAUGUGGACACCAACAUGCAGUUUUUCUGUGUUUGUCUAAAUAUCUAAGAAUUAUGAUCAGCACUGUGUAGAUUUGAAUGCAUUUCAUGUGUAUUUUGGACCAUUUUGUGCAUCUAUAGUU